UCUGACCUCUCUUGUCAUUUCUUUCAGCUAUCAACCAUUCUCAGAUUGUUAGCUUCUGAUCCUUCGCUGGUGCACUGCUGUGAUGAGGAUGGUUACACGCCUCUGCACCGGGCAGCGUACAGCGGCCACGUUGACGUCGUAUCUGCUUUAAUCACCAGUGGCUCCAAAGUUAAUGCUCGUACCAUCGAUGGCUGGACACCCCUGCACAGCGCCUGCCGCUGGAGCCACGUCACUGUGGCGAGUUGUCUCCUACAGCAUGGCGCCGAACUUAACGCCCAGACCAACGGUGGCCUCACACCACUACACCUGGCAGCUUCCUACACCAGCUCCUGUAAAAUAAACUCGGCAAACACUUUAGAGCUCCUGCUCUCAAAGCGACAGCUGAAGCCCGAGCUCCUGAGCAGCAGCGGGGAAACAGCCGGAGACGUGGCUCGGCGUAGUGGCCCUCAUUACUUCCUGUUUGAGAUGGUGGAAGACUGUUUGAAUGUGAUACGUCCUUAAUCUGACUACUCGAAAAGACAGUCAUAAUUUCCCAACAUUAAACGUCUGUUUUUGUUAGUUUUUACUCAACAUUUGUCCAAAGAUGUUCUGUUUACAGUGAAACUAGAAAAACAGAAAAUCUUCAGGAAUUUUUCGGUCAGUCCAUAAAUGAACUUUGUGCUAAAAUGUUUCAGCUGAUUUAUAAAUGUUGCACAUAAAGCGUUAACAUUAGUUGCCAUUCAUUUCUUGAAUUUGUACAUUAAAAAACAAAUCAUGCUGCUGCAGAGUGAUUGUCAACUGUGUUAUGGACUUAAUCAAGAGGCUUUUGUGUAAUAAAGAGUGUAAAAAAAAGCAUGUUUAUAUAUUUUU